UUGUUAUAAGUAACGAGCUAUCUAAGCAAUUACACUUCAGAUUUCAUCACUUAUUAAAGUGUAUAUUUGAUCAUUCUUCACAUAGAGUUACAAUUACAUAAUUAACUAAUAAUAAUUUAUCAAUUGUUCAAUAAUUAUGCAGUGUCAAAAAACUGUGCUAUCAAUCAGCUGUUUAGUUUUUCUAAUUAUUCCUGAUUUAAUUUCGGCCAGAAUUUUAAGUGAAUGCGAUGCAGCACGUGAACUUACCAAAGCUAAAAUUUCUCGGACCUUUUUAAGUAAUUGGGUGUGUCUGAUGAAAAGUGAAAGUGGAUUGGACACAAAUAAAAUAUCAGGUCCAGGAGUAGCAUCAAGUUAUUCCUAUGGUAUUUUCCAAAUCAGCAGUAGCCAAUGGUGCAAAAGAGGAAGAAAAGGAGGAGACUGCAAUGCCAAGUGUGAAGAUUUUGCUAAUGAUGAUAUUUCAGAUGACAUUGAAUGUGCUAAGAAAAUAGCUGAAAUGAAAGGUUUCCAAUAUUGGCCGAAAUGGUUGAAGAAUUGUAAAUCCGGAAAACUUCCUAAUGUAGGAAAUUGCAAAAGACGAAGGUCACUUUCUGAUCUUAUCAUUCCCCCUGUUGAAAAUACAAUAUAAUAUAUUUAUUAAUAAAUUCAAUUGUUUUCAAAGUGUAAUCAGAUACAAUUUUAAACUCGAUUAAAAGAUUAAAAUCAUAUCUAAUAUCACUGGUGAAUAGCGAUAAUUAUUAACAAUAAAAUAAGUGUUAAGUAAUGAUACGUUUACGUAUGAAAUAGGAAGUGAAUGUUUUAAUCCAACAUUAUUAAGAAAGAUUCCAGAAACAAGUAUAAUAUCGAUAAUCUGUCAUGAUAUUCUUAAGUAGGUACAAUUUGAUGAUAGAUAACAACAGUCAGUAGCACUAAUACAAAUGUCACAGAAAUGAUACGAUCGAUCUUAGUUUUAUAAAUUCAAUGAACUGGACUCGAUCCAAGUUGAUGUAACUGUUUCAUUUGAGUUAACUGUUUAGAAAUGGCCGAAGAAUUAGAAUUACAAAAGCUAAAAAGAAUGUUCGUGCUAUGAUUAUAAAAAAUCCAAUACGAUUUCUAUUUUUUCUAUUAUCUUAGUCAUUAUCUGAAGAUUAAAUGUCAAACAUUCAUGUCAAUCACGUCUACAAAAAGUAUUACUGACGAGAGAUUAUUGAGUACAAAUUCGAAAAUUAACUAAUUUCAAUCGAUAUUUUGACUAAUAAUAAAUGUAAUUACUGGAAUUGAUAAUUGAUAUGUAUUUCUUAGAGAAUUGUUCAAUAAAUGGUUAUCAUCAAUGCGAUUAA